AAACACACACACACACACACUCAGAUCUCCAUCUUCGCUAACCUGAACCAAGGAAAAAAAAAAAAGAGGCGAAAUGACGAUUUCAAUGUCCGCCGCCGCCGCCACCAACGCCGUCGCACUCCACCACCUCAAACCCUCCGCAAAUCAAAUCGCCGCCUUCCCCACCACCCUCUCACGUCAAUCCACCUCCACCACCAGACCCAUCUCCAUCACCAGCUCGUCCACCGCAUUCCAAACCACCUCACCGCCGCCCACCGUCGCCUCCGCCAGCGAUCGCGUCUUCAACUUCGCCGCCGGCCCCGCCACCCUCCCGGAGAACGUCCUCCUGAAGGCCCAAUCCGAGCUGUACAACUGGCGCGGCUCCGGCAUGUCCGUCAUGGAGAUGAGCCACCGCGGCAAGGAAUUCCUCUCCAUCAUCCAGAAAGCCGAAUCAGAUCUCCGAUCCCUCCUCAACAUCCCCUCCGAAUACUCCGUCCUCUUCCUCCAAGGCGGCGCCACCACCCAGUUCGCCUCCAUCCCGCUCAACCUCUGCAAACCCGACGACGCCGUCGACUACGUCGUCACCGGAUCCUGGAGCGACAAGGCCUUCAAAGAAGCCGCCAAAUACUGCAAACCCAAAUCGAUCUGGAGCGGCAAAUCCGACAAAUACACCAACAUUCCAGCCUUCGAAACCCUAGACCAAACCCCGCACGCCAAGUAUUUGCAUAUAUGCGCCAACGAAACAAUCCACGGUGUCGAAUUCAAAGACUACCCGAAACCCGCCGCCGAAAACGAGGUCCUUAUUGCUGACAUGUCAUCGAACUUCUGCUCGAAACCCGUCGACGUUUCCAAAUUCGGUCUGAUCUACGCCGGAGCGCAGAAGAACGUCGGCCCCUCCGGCGUCACGAUCGCGAUAAUCCGAUCCGAUUUGAUCGGAAACUGCCAGCCCGUCACUCCCGUGAUGCUCGACUACAAGAUCCACGCAGACAACGACUCACUGUACAACACGCCGCCGUGCUACGGUAUCUACAUGUGCGGGCUCGUGUUCGAGGACCUUCUCGCGCAGGGCGGGCUGAACGAGGUUGAGCAGAAGAAUCUUAACAAGGCAGGGAUUCUGUACGACGCCAUCGACGGCAGCAAAGGGUUCUACAGGUGCCCCGUCGAGAAGAGCGUGAGGUCGCUGAUGAACGUGCCGUUCACUCUGGCGAAACCCGAGCUGGAGGCCGAGUUUAUUAAGGAGGCGGCGAAAGAGAAGAUGGUGCAGCUCAAGGGGCAUCGGUCUGUCGGCGGUAUGAGGGCUUCGAUUUACAAUGCCAUGCCGUUGGCUGGUGUCGAGAAGCUCGUUGCUUUCAUGGCGGAUUUCCAGGCGAGGCACGACGCUUGAAAUAACGGUACUCGUGUUCGUUUUAAUUAAUGGCAUCAUUAUUGAUAUUGUAGUUUAUCGUUCGGUUUUUAUGAUCGGUGUUGUUUGUUCUGGAAUUUUGUUUUCUUGAUUUAUGUUUUUGAGGGUUUUUUAGCGAAAUGUUAGGAGGUGCUGCUGCUGGUACUGGUAUUGUUGUUGGUUCGUUUUUUACGGAAUAUAAAAUGUUUGAAUGGUGAGAGUUUAUGUUGUGAA